AUGUGUGAUUUACCUGAUUCAUUAUCACAAUUUGAAAAGACUUUACCGAUAUCUGAAUUAUUAAUGUAUUUAAUUGAUUUUAUUCCAGCCGAAUGUACUUUUAGAGGAGAAACUAAAGCUAAAAUCACCAAAAAUAGAGAAAUAGCUGAAAAAACUAUACAAAAAGGAUUAGAGGGGGAAAGGCAAGAGGCCAUACAACAAAAGAAAGCUGAUAAAAAACGUGCCGAAGCUGAACGUAUCGCUAAAUUAUCACCCGACGAACAGAGAAAGGUUAUUGAUGAAGUUUGA